AUGUAUGCCGAUGAUCUUCUGUUCACACUGCGAGACCUUGAGACAUCGGUCCCUGCCUUGCUACAGGAGUUUGACAAAUAUGGUAGGGUCUCAAACUUCUUACUGAAUGCCACUAAGUCUGAGGUUCUGGGAGUCAACUUAGACCCACUUGUAAUGGGAUGGCUCAAGGAACACAGCCCGUUUCAAAUAAAAGAAAGCCGACUGAAAUAUCUUGGCAUACACUUAGCUGUCUCAGCUGCAGACCUCUUUGAGGCUAACUACAUGUCGCUUAGACUUAACGGCAGUGCGCACAUGCACACUGAAGGCAAAUCGCCUGUAGAAAUUAUGGACCCUCUGAUGCAGUUUAAUAAACUGAGCAUGAGGAGUCGGGCCAUGUGCGCACUCACGUCUGCACCUGUGGCCUUACCUGUACCUGAGUCUGCACCUGUGGCCUUACCUGCACCUGAGUCUUCACCAGUGGCCUUACCUGUAUCUGAGUCUGCACCAGUGGCCUUACCUGAACCUGAGUCUGCACCAGUGGCCUUACCUGUACCUGAGUCUUUACCAGUGGCCUUACCUGUACCUGAGUCUGCACCUGUGGCCUUACCUGUACUUAAGUCUGCACCUGUGGCCCUACCUGUACUUGAGUCUUCACCUGUGGCCUUACCUGUACCUGAGUCUUCACCAGUGUCCUUACCUGUACCUGAGUCUGCACCUGUGGCCUUACCUGUACUUGAGUCUGCACCUGUGGCCCUACCUGUACUUGAGUCUUCACCUGUGGCCUUACCUGUACUUGAGUCUGCACCUGUGGCCCUACCUGUACUUGAGUCUUCACUUGUGGCCUUACCUGUACUUGCGUCUUCACCAGUGGCUUUACCUGUACCUGAGUCUUCAUCAGUGGCCUUACACUUGAGUCUUCACCAGUGGCUUUACAUUGCCUUACCUGCACCUGAUUCUUCACCUGUGGCAUUAUCUCUACUUGAGCCUUCACCAGUGGCCUUACCUGUACUUGAGUCUGCACCAGUGGCCUUACCUGCACCUAAGUCUUCAGCAGUGGCCUUACCUGUACCUGAGUCUUCACCAGUAGCCUUACCUGUACCUGAGUCUGCACCAGUGGCUUUACCUGUACUUGAGUCUGCACCAGUGGCUUUACCUGCACCUGAGUCUUCACCAAUGGCUUUACCUGUACUUGAGUCUUCACCAGUCGCCUUACCUGCACCUGAGUCUGCACCAGUGGCUUUACCUUCUUCACCUGUGGCUUUACCUGUACUUGAGUCUUCACCAGUGGCCUUACCUGUACUUGAGUCUUCACCAGUGGCCUUACCUGCUCCUGAGUCUACACCAGUGGCCUUACCUGUACCUGAGUCUGCACCAGUGGCCUUACCUGUACCUGAGUCUUCACCAGUGGCUUUACCUGUACUUGAGUCUUUACCAGUGGCCUUACCUGCCCCUGAGUCUUUACCAGUGGCAUUACCUGUACUUGAGUCUUUACCAGUGGCCUUACCUGUACCUGAGUCUGCACCAGUGGCCUUACCUGCACCUGAGUCUGCACCAGUGGCUUUACCUGUACUUGAGUCUUUACCAGUGGCCUUACCUGUACCUGAGUCUUCAUCUGUGGCAUUACCUGUACCUGAGUCUGCACCAAUGGCCUUACCUGUACCUGAGUCUGCACCAGUGGUCUUACCUGUACCUGAGUCUGCACCAGUGGCCUUACCUGUACUUGAGUCUUUACCAGUACCUGUACCUGAGUCUGCACCAGUGGUCUUACCUGUACCUGAGUCUUCAUCUGUGGCAUUACCUGUACCUGAGUCUGCACCAAUGGCCUUACCUGUACCUGAGUCUGCACCAGUGGUCUUACCUGUACCUGAGUCUGCACCAGUGGCCUUACCUGUACUUGAGUCUUUACCAGUGGCCUUACCUGCCCCUGAGUCUUUACCAGUGGCCUUACCUGUACCUGAGUCUUUACCAGUGGCCUUACCUGCACCUGAGUCUGCACCAGUGGCUUUACCUGUACUUGAGUCUUUACCAGUGGCCUUACCUGUACCUGAGUCUGCACCAGUGGCCUUAUCUGUACCUGAGUCUGCACCUGUGGCCUUACCUGCACCUGAGUCUUCACCAGUGGCCUUACCUGUAUCUGAGUCUGCACCAGUGGCCUUACCUGAACCUGAGUCUGCACCAGUGGCCUUACCUGUACCUGAGUCUUUACCAGUGGCCUUACCUGUACCUGAGUCUGCACCUGUGGCCUUACCUGUACUUAAGUCUGCACCUGUGGCCCUACCUGUACUUGAGUCUUCACCUGUGGCCUUACCUGUACCUGAGUCUUCACCAGUGUCCUUACCUGUACCUGAGUCUGCACCUGUGGCCUUACCUGUACUUGAGUCUGCACCUGUGGCCCUACCUGUACUUGAGUCUUCACCUGUGGCCUUACCUGUACUUGAGUCUGCACCUGUGGCCCUACCUGUACUUGAGUCUUCACUUGUGGCCUUACCUGUACUUGCGUCUUCACCAGUGGCUUUACCUGUACCUGAGACUUCAUCAGUGGCCUUACACUUGAGUCUUCACCAGUGGCUUUACAUGUACCUGUGUCUUCACUAG